AUGAGCACCCAGCGUCCCAACGACCAGCAAAGUAUCACGGACAUCUUUCAAUUAUGGCUGGUUAAAAUGCGCGAGAGGGGGUAUCCGCCAAACGGCCUAGACCCAGCCAUGCAAGCUGCGCUCAAGCGUAUUGAAACUACUUUCAGCGAUGUCAAGAAGAACAUGAGCGCCAACCUAGCUAAUGAGCUUGCAGCCUUGACUAUCAAAAAAAUGGGAGGGAUGGCUCUUAGCCUUGUGCGGGAUAUCACUCGCUGUCCAGCAUACCAAGUCCUAAAGGAUGCUUCAGCCUCAGGGUUGUCCAUCACCUUUCCCGACUGGUUCUUCUUCGCCACCGUAUAUGGUCCCAAUCACACUGCAAUCCAACCCUUCCAUGAUUAG